AUCGGACCGAAACAAUUGAGUCAAGACGACGGAGAGAAUCGAAUCACACAGGCCACGUUCACAAUCAUGACUCCGACCUCACGCACGGAAGUCACGUACCACGAGGACAGUCUACCGGUGAGUUCAAUGGAUCCGGAAACGUUGAAACAGUUACAACUGAUGCGAGAGGAAAAGCUGCGACAGAGUCCACAGAUGGGAACGGAAGGAUUGGGCGAAACAGAACAGAUCGAGGAUCCUGGGAAUUGUUCCACAGCCAGAACAAAAACCACUGUACGGAAAACCGUGAUUGCUUCGGCAGCAAAGGCAACAUUUGUGGCCACGGGCACCUCGAAACCACCGAAAAAUGCACUGAUCCUAAUGGGAGAAGGAGCCAUUCAAGAUACAGAAAAGUCAGUGAAAUUUGAUCCCGGUCAGUUUCAUGAGGAUAUUCUCAACCAGGUCGACCCGAAUGCCCUCGCGACGGGGAGUGGCUCUCCCGUCCCAGAUGGAGCAUCCACACAUACUAGCGGCGCUUUGGUACCAAUUCGAGCUGGGAACAUAGACGGCAGCGAUACAUUGGCUAGUGGAACCGGGAGUCUAACCACAAGCACCACAAGCACCACCACUACGAACACUACAACCACCACCACCACCACCACCGGGAAGCGAACCACUCGAAUCGGCAAUAAUCUAGUAAAUAAAAGGUAA